AUUCGAGCUGACACCACGCGAAAAUAAUAGCUCCGCAUAGAUUAAAUCGAAAUAGUUAAAAUAAGCCCCCGGGAGUCCGGAAGUUGGCAUAUUAUUUAGUUGAAGGUGCAUGUGAAUCGAUAGUGACGAUAUUUAUAUAAUUAAAGUGAUGUUUGAAGUGGAAAGACAGUGAUACGUAUGUGAUUUAAGUUGAGUCAUUUGUCAAUGACGGCAUCUCUGUCGCACGCGUGGACUCGCAUAUAGGACUCACCGCUCGCACGCGCUAACAGCGGCGCCUACCCAACGCAAUAACAAACCGACUUCACAGCAGAUCAGAGAUGGCGCUGCAUUCUAUAUCCAACAUGCAGAAGUGCAAGCUUUGACUUUGAAGAUAUUUUGUAGUGUUUUAGUUCUCAAUUAGUUUAGAAAAAUUACUAAAAUGGAGUCAGAAGUGAGGAAACGGGAAUCGGCAAAAUCGCAUAAUGGGACAGAAAUAGAGAUGGAUGAUGUUCCGAAGCAAAAUGGCCAAAAUGGAGUCAAAGGGGAGGUAACCUUCGAAGCCCUGGACCACGACCCAUCAGGCUGGCUGGAGACGACCCUGGCUAGCGUAGGCAGCUCCACUGAAGACUUCUUCAAGAAGAACAGCUCCAGCUUUGGGAUCGUCAUGAGCUUCGCGCUCAACGGGCUCGUCAUAGGAUAUUUUAUAGGAUGCUUGUAUUAUUAUUUAGAGUAUACGGACGAGCCCCUCUACCUCUGCGAGGGUUUCGGCAGUCUCAUCGCCUUCCUCGGCAUCGUAUAUUUCUUCCUCAUCUACUUUUACGUCGUGAAACGCUAUUUCGGCGUCUGGCUCUCUAAGAAUGUGUACAGCAACAUUGCUGCUGCUAGUGGCUUCGUUUGGAAGCUUGUGUGGUUAAGAGUAAUAUUAUCUGUGGCCCUUUUAUUGGGCAUUGCCUUGUUCCUGUACUUCGACACAAGGGAUCAGCCGGAGAGACUCAUCUCACUAAGCGGGAUCGGCAUUAUAUUGCUGCUAGGUUUCGUCUUCUCGAAGCAUCCCGGCCGGAUAGCAUGGCGGACAGUCUGCAGCGGGCUUCUUCUUCAGUUCAUUUUCGCUCUUCUUUUCAUUCGGUGGGAGCCGGGCCGAACUGCACUGCAGUGCUUUUCUGAUAAGGUUGCGACGUUCCUGUCUUACGGUAUAGAGGGCGCUGCGUUCGCUUUCGGCGAUCUUCUCGUGAGGACAGAAAAUGUUUUCGCUUUCGCUUCCCUGCCCGUGAUAUUUUUCUUCAGCAUGCUUGUAGAGGUGAUGUUCUACUGGGGAGCGCUGCAGUGGUUCUGCAGCAAACUUGGCGAACUCCUGCAAGCCGCUACAGCUACUACUGUGUGCGAGAGCGUCAUCGCUGUCGCUAAUUGUUUCCUUGGAAUGACAGAGUCCGUCCUGCUGAUCAAGGCGUACAUCCGGGUCCUCACGCCGUCAGAGCUUCACGUCGUCAUGGCUUCCGGCUUCGCCACCGUCUCUGGUACAAUACUGGCCACAUACAUCGCGUUUGGAGCUGAACCGGCGCAUCUGGUGACCGCCAGUGUCAUGUCAGCGCCGGCUGCCAUCUGCUACGCAAAACUCCUUAUGCCGGAGACCAAACGGUCUCUAACUGCUGUGGAUAAUAUCCAGCCUGUGGUCAGUGAGGACCAAUCCGCGCUGUCAGCAGCGACCCGCGGCGCGACCAACGGCAUCGCUCUGAUCCUGAACAUCGUCGCCAACAUCGUCGCUUUCGUCUCGUUCAUCGCCUUCGCCAACGGUGUCCUCGGGUACUGCGGGGGGCUGCUAGGGCAGCCGGGGCUUAAUCUGGAGUGGAUCUUCGGGAAAGUGUUCAUCCCGCUCUGUUACGUCAUGGGGGUACCGUGGGACGAGUGUGAACUGGUGGGAUCGCUAGUGGGACUGAAGACUGUGGUCAACGAGUUCGUGGCCUACCAGCGGAUGGGCGAGAUGAAACGAGACGGACUGCUCUCCCCCCGCGGUGAGAUCGUGGCAACAUUCGCGCUCUGUGGCUUCACCAACCCCAGUUCUAUGGGGAUCAUGAUUGGAGCGCUGUCAGCCAUGGCGCCCAACCAACGCGAGGCUCUCUCUAGUGUGGCGCUGCGCGCGCUGUUCGCAGGCUGCGGUAUUUGCUUCCUUAAUGCAUGUUUUGCAAGUUUGCUGAUGCCGAGCGAUUCAUUUGGACCAUGAGCUUUAAGUCGGAAACACAGUGUGUGAUUUUAGCGUAAUAUGUAAUGUUUAAUUUAUGUAAAUAAAUGGUCUAAGUUAUUUUUUAA